CACCAUCUGCGUCAGUUGUGCUCGAACAAGAAACAGUUCCGGACCCGGUGUUUCCCCCCGUACCAUCAUCAUCAUCAUCAUCAAAACGCGCUGUUUACAGUUGUUAGAAACGGAGAGAAAAGUGCUCGAAGAACCGAGAAUCCAUCAAAAUGCAGCGUUCCAGUGUGCAAUCGUCGUCGUCGUCGUCUUCGCUGUUGGUGGCGUUGGUGUUCUUGCUGAUCGGGGCAGCUCUCCCGGUGAAAUCGCUGGAUGUGUUCAAAGAAUGUGCCGGUGCGAAAAGUUCCGUUUCCUGUUUCGGAUCCAAGAUGGUGCAAAGUGGGUUGAAGCGGUUGUCCAGUGAAAAGUCGCUGCAACUGUUCCCGGGUGUGGAUAUUGUUGAGGCACCGGUGGACAGCAAUGAGCCCGAGGGUGCUCGGUCGUACAACGAUAAGGAGGAUUCGAGUGUGUUGGGGCGCAUCGCUCGGUAUCUGAGCAGCCACGAGAUGAAAAUUAACUUCGGCGAGUUGGCGCGUAAAAGUAACUUCCAGAAUGCGAUCGGAUCGAUGGUGCGAAAUGUCCAAGAUGAUAUGCUAGGCGAAAUGGCAGAAGCCCGCAAAAAGGACAAGGGAGGCCUCGGAAUGAUCCUGCUGAUGAAGGUGAUGAUGAGCAAAAUGCUGGGAGCGCUCGGAUUCGGUGCGGUGGCAGCGCUGGCCAUGAAGGCCCUCGGCGUCUCGAUGAUGGCCCUGGUGAUGGCUGGCGUGAUCGGGCUGAAGAAACUGGCCGAUGGAGGCGGUGACAACAAGGGACGCCAGAACUACGACGCCGAUAUCCAGGUGCUGGAUGGUGGCUACGGAGGAGACCAUUACGACCGGGUGGAUUCCUCGGCCGUUCAACGACGACGACGACGACGCUCGCCGAGUUUGGCGCCCUACCGGGGAUGGACCGAGGAGGAGAAACAUGAUUAAACGAAGAGACGACGGGCGGUGAAAUAGAGGCUGAAACGACAUUCGUUAGUGUUGAGAAUUACUGAAAACCAAUCGUUGGAAUUGGUUAUUUAUUUAUUUAUUGUUAUUUAUUUUAAAAAGACAGACGCUUCUAAAUAAACGAAUUACUUACUGAA